CUGACGGUCAAUGUCACGCGACGAGUCACUAUGCAUGAUUGUUAAACUUUCUUCCCGAUCGUUUCAUUGCCAUUGAAUUGACUUAUGAUAGGUUAUUUGUUUCCCGUCAAUGAGUGAUUGCAGGUGUUUACAAACGUUUCGUUGCGUUAUCCUAGGUUAUUAUCAGUUAUACAAGCGAUGAUGGGAGUCAUUAGAUAAGGCAAUCCAUUUAAUUGACGAGAGGGUACAAAUAAAGCUCCAUUCAAUAUUACCAAUCUAUCUUAGAAAAAAACCAAACGACUUUUCUGUUCAAAAUUUAAUCAACUGCCAAAAAAAAAUUAUGACAUUUCUCCUUAGAAUCUCUAGUUUCUAAGAUGAACGCAAAAAUAAUAAACUUUGAAGAUUUAACUGAGAAAAAAAAAUGUCAACUUGUGGUUUUGGAAGGAAACAUGAGAGAUUUGUUUGCUGAAAAUUUCAUCAGCUUUAAAAACAAUUUUAAGAUAUUUUUCAGGAGAGUUACUCGUUCCUUUAGAUAAAUACAGAAAUAGUAUGAAAAUGAGUUGGAAAUUUGUUUUCGGCCUUAAAAUCUUGGCAUUGUAUCGAUAACAAGUAUUUUUAGAAGAAAACCCGAGAAGACUUUUUCGAUGGAAUAAUGAUUUACAACAGAAUAGUUUUUGCAACAUGUCCGUCGUCUGCAACCACUUAUUUACGUAAUAAAUUCAAAAACAACAAAAAAAAAAGAAAAACAAAACAUUUAAAAAAAAUCCCAACUCAAUGAAGUUAACGAUUUCCAAAACGAAUUUCCACAAUUGCAAUCUCUCUUGAUCUUUCCCCAUAAACGAUUUAAACCGAAAUUCCCCGAAGCUAUCGCCGCAAUCCUUCACACCCAAACAGAAGGGAAUAGAAGGGCCCGAAAACGAGGUAUCGAGGUCAAUCGCCCGGAGAAAAAUCACCCAAAAAUUCCCAGAAAUGAUUCGGUAACGGGACAUAAGAUCGAGAACGGUUCCAUUUGGAGUUAAAGAAUGUUCAAGCAGUAGAAAGAGGUUUUUGGAGGGGCAUGGGACCCUGCCAUCCACCAGGUGCCAAUGGACUCGGAUAUCCUCCAGUUCCUCGACUCACGCUCAUCGCGGAACGACACCUGCCGCUCGUAACUAUUUCUCGUUGACUGUCGAACGUAUAAAGAUAGAAAAAAAAAACUCAUUUGCAUGAAUUCUGCUGAGGUUCAAGUGACGGACUUUGGUUUGUCGUGAACUCGAGUGCCAGCUGAAUCAUCAUAAAUUUUUCUACAACAUCUCUGCUAAUAAAUUAUAGAUGCGACGAUAAAUUUUAUUGGAGUUGGAGUGAAAUAGUUUUUGCAGUGACAGAAGUUAUCAGUGAAGAAACGUUCGAGCGUUUGGGGGAAAAUUUCGUUGAAGUUUUGGGGAUGGGAAUAUUUGGGGUAAAAAUAGGUUUGGUGAGACAAGAGUUGAGGAUUUGAGUGGAAUGUUGAUGAAGUUCGGAAAUAUUUGUUCAUGUUUGUGAGUAGGAGUUCAGGAGAUAAAAGGAGAAAUUAAAAAGUCAUCAGAUGUAUUAUAGCGGGUGUUUCUGGAGCAUCGAGAUAAGCAUGAGGUAGGACAACUGGUGAGCGCCAAGACUCAUGGCGCUACACCACUGGUUAUGGCCUGCAGGAAUGGACAUUACGAUGUGGCUGAGUAUCUGAUUGAGAAGUGUGGGGCUGAUGUUGAGCAGCCAGGAUCAGUUGUCUUUGAUGGUGAGACAAUCGAGGGUGCUCCUCCACUCUGGUGUGCUGCGGCUGCCGGGCAUUUUGCUCUUGUCAAAUUACUUGUCAAGCGCGGAGCAAGAUUGAAUUCAACGACCACUACGAAUUCAACGCCUCUCAGGGCGGCUUGUUUCGAUGGACACUUCGAAAUUGUUAAAUUUCUAGUUCAGCAUGGGGCUGACAUCGAAGCAGCCAAUCGACACGGCCACACCUGCUUGAUGAUAGCUUGCUAUCGUGGUCACAUCAAAAUAGCCAAGUACCUCUUAGCCCUGAAAGCCGACACAAAUCGUAAGUCUAUCAAAGGCAAUACAGCUCUGCACGAUUGUGCUGAGAGUGGCUCACUGGAAAUACUGAAGAUACUGUUGGAUCAUGGAGCCCGGAUGGAGGUGGAUUCCUACGGGAUGACACCUCUUUUGGCAGCGGCCGUUGCUGGUAACACCCACAUCGUCGAACAUCUCAUUGAGAUUCCCCACCUGGUAAACCGAAAAGAGAGAAUUGAUGCUCUUGAACUUCUCGGUGCAACGUAUGUCGACAAGAAACGGGAUAUGAUUCUAGCGUUGGAGUAUUGGAAAAGAGGCAUGGAGGAGAGGUACAGAGGGGAAGGUCCUGUCAUCGAGAAACCCUGUAGACACCCCGUAGUGGCUGCUUAUGAUUAUGCACAAGAGGUAUCAGAUCCAGAGCAGCUUGAUGAGCUACUGGCUGAUCCCGAUGAGAUGAGAAUGCAGGCCUUGUUGAUAAGAGAGAGAAUUCUCGGUCCUGCACAUCCAGACACUAGUUACUACAUAAGAUAUCGUGGAGCUAUCUACGCUGAUGCUGGCAAGUUCGAGAGGUGCAUUGAACUAUGGAAUUAUGCACUGGAUAUGCAGCAGAGCAUGCUGGAGCCAUUGAAUCCAAUGACCCAAAGCUCAUUGUUCAGUUUUAUUGAAUUAUUUAGUUUUAUGGUUGGGGAGGAAGGAAGACAGACGGUGAGAGGGAGGAGAAUACCUCCAGUGCAAAGAGAAGAUCUUAUGAGGGUUUUCAAAAAAGCGGUUGUGGAAAUUAAACUAGGCAAGCAGAUGUUGGACAAGAUACCCAACUGCGACCUUACGAAUUUGAACAGGAUACUUAUUACCACUCUUCAUCUUGCCUGUCUUUUAACACGAGAAAUGCCAGAAGUUGGGUCUGAAGAGUAUGUCAAUCUUCAUAGGGCUAUCCAUGAAUUAGUUCGAAUUAAUGCCAAAGAUAAAGCGUUGAUAAUUUCCCAGGGACGAGAUGUUCUUCAAAUGAUCCAUAACGUUGAGGCCUCAAUAGCAGGCAGUUACCCAGUCUGUAAGUUAACAUCCCCCCAGCUGACAACAGCUCUCCUUCGAGCAGGCGCUGAUCCAACAGCCACUGACGACGAGGGUAACACAGCAUUACAUCUCACUGCCAUGUCCCACCCAUGGAGAAUAGACCUAGCGACACUUCUUCUGAGAGCUGGUGCCCAUAUCGACGCUGUCAACAACGAGGGUCAAACCUAUCAGAGACUUCUCAAUGAUAAGGCCAAAUAUGACUCCUUAAAUCCUCUCAAAUACAUGACAUUGCAGUGCUUAGCAGCCCGAGUUAUCAUGAGAACAGCCAUUCACAUCAACAGGGUACCUUCGCAUCUUCGUCAAUUUGUCAGCCAACACUAGUUUUCGAAUGUUUGUGCGGAUUCACUCUAGUCCGACUGCUCUAAAUAAAUUGUCGCCUGUCUUUGUUUUUAUACUUCGUCUGUUUAUUGUUUGGCAGCCAUAUUUGUCUGUGUAAUAAAACUAUAGUAGUAAUGAUUUUUCAUUUUUUUUAUUUCUUGCAAAGUAUGGAAAUAAAUAAGUGAAACUGA